AUGGAUGGGUAUGAGAUUGCUUACAAUGUCAUCAUGUCUGACCAGUUUAUUAUGGGGGGUCAGCUUCAUCCUCAGCAAACUUCAAAGGCUAUAAGGUUGUGUUGUGUGCGUUCUUACGUUGUUACUGAAAAUAAAGGUAAAAAGUUAAUAAGAAGUCAAGAAUGUAUAUUUCAUGAUCAAGAGGGUCUGUUCAUCCACGUCCAUAUACCUAAGGAUGUUGUGGCAAAAUAUAAGAACAUAUUCAAGGAGGGUAAAGUGUAUGGCAUUAGAAACUUCCUAUGCAUCACUAACUUCUUCAAGUAUAAAACAAGCCCUCAUCGUUACAUGAUGAAGUUCAAACAUGAUACACUUGUGAAGGAAUAUAAGCGUGUGAAUUUCCCCAAAACAAUGUUUUGCUUCAAGAGUUUUGAAGACAUACUUUCAAAGCAGGGAAUUGAUGAGAAAGUCUUGAUAGAUGUCCUUGGUCGUAUUGUGGAGAUAUAUUCUCCAUUGGAGAAGCUAAUAGCAGGGAAGAAGGCUAGACUAAUUGACUUUGUGCUUGAAGAUUCUAGUCAGAGGCAGAUUAAGUGUACAUUGUGGGAUGAGCAUGUGGAUCAACUGAUGAACAAGGAAACUGAUAAUCAUUAG